GCGCCUGCGCAGAGCGCAGGGCGACGUGGCCAGCUGGGGCCCGGAAGUGGUCCCUGUAGAAUCAUUGUCGCCCCGCUGCUCCGUGCCGCGCCCGUCGAGCAUUGCGUUGCUGCAUUGCACCCCACCGACUCCACUAUGUUGAAGAAAUUCGACAAGAAGGACGAGGAGUCAGGUGGAAGCUCCAACCCAUUCCAGCACCUCGAGAAGAGUGCCGUACUCCAGGAGGCCCGUGUAUUUAAUGAAACUCCCAUCAACCCUCGGAAAUGUGCCCACAUCCUCACCAAGAUUCUUUACCUCAUAAACCAGGGGGAGCACCUGGGGACCACGGAAGCGACCGAGGCCUUCUUUGCCAUGACCAAGCUCUUUCAGUCCAAUGAUCCCACACUCCGUCGGAUGUGCUACUUGACCAUCAAGGAGAUGUCUUGCAUCGCAGAGGAUGUCAUCAUUGUCACCAGCAGCCUAACAAAAGACAUGACUGGGAAAGAAGACAACUACCGGGGCCCAGCCGUGCGAGCCCUCUGCCAGAUCACCGAUAGCACCAUGCUGCAGGCUAUUGAGCGCUACAUGAAACAAGCCAUUGUGGACAAGGUGCCCAGUGUCUCCAGCUCUGCCCUCGUGUCUUCCUUGCACCUGCUGAAGUGCAGCUUUGAUGUGGUCAAGCACUGGGUGAAUGAGGCUCAGGAGGCGGCAUCCAGUGAUAACAUCAUGGUCCAGUACCACGCAUUAGGGCUCCUGUACCAUGUGCGUAAGAAUGACUACCUGGCCAUCAAUAAGAUGAUCAGCAAGGUCACACGGCAUGGCCUUAAGUCUCCCUUUGCCUACUGCAUGAUGAUCCGGGUGGCCAGCAAGCAGCUGGAAGAGGAGGAUGGCAGCCGUGACAGCCCGCUCUUUGACUUCAUCGAGAGCUGCUUGCGCAACAAACACGAGAUGGUGGUAUAUGAAGCUGCCUCGGCCAUCGUCAAUCUGCCAGGCUGCAGUGCCAAAGAGCUGGCCCCGGCUGUGUCAGUGCUCCAGCUUUUCUGCAGCUCACCCAAGGCUGCUCUCCGCUAUGCUGCUGUUCGUACCCUCAAUAAGGUUGCCAUGAAGCAUCCGUCAGCUGUGACAGCUUGUAAUCUGGAUCUGGAGAACCUGGUCACAGAUUCAAACCGCAGCAUUGCCACGCUGGCCAUCACCACCCUCCUUAAGACGGGCAGCGAGAGCAGCAUCGACCGCCUCAUGAAGCAGAUCUCCUCCUUCAUGUCAGAGAUCUCAGAUGAAUUCAAGGUGGUGGUUGUCCAGGCCAUCAGUGCCCUGUGUCAGAAAUAUCCUCGCAAACAUGCAGUCCUCAUGAACUUCCUGUUCACCAUGCUGCGGGAAGAGGUAAGAGUCAGGGGCAUUUGGGGGAUGCCAGGUCUCUUGGUGCAGGGAAGAAGCAAGGAGACAGGGCUGUCACAUCUGUGCGAGUUCAUUGAGGACUGCGAGUUCACAGUGCUGGCCACCCGUAUUCUACAUCUCUGGGCCCAGGAGGGUCCCAAGACCACCAACCCCUCAAAGUACAUCCGCUUCAUCUAUAACCGAGUGGUCUUUUGGAGCAUUGAGGAGGUCCGGGCAGGUGCUGUGAGUGCUCUGGCCAAGUUUGGAGCCCAGAAUGAAGAGAUGUUACCCAGUAUCUUGGUGUUGCUGAAGAGGUGUGUGAUGGAUGAUGACAACGAAGUAAGGGACCGAGCCACCUUCUACUUAAAUGUCCUGGAGCAGAAGCAGAAGGCCCUCAAUGCAGGCUAUAUCCUAAAUGGUCUGACUGUGUCCAUUCCUGGUCUGGAGAGGGCUCUGCAGCAGUACACUCUAGAACCAUCAGAAAAACCUUUUGACCUCAAGUCUGUACCCCUGGCCACAGCGCCCAUGGCAGAGCAGAGAACAGAAAGCACCCCCAUCACAGCAGUCAAACAGCCUGAGAAAGUGGCAGCUACCAGGCAGGAGAUCUUCCAGGAGCAGUUGGCGGCGGUGCCAGAGUUCCGGGGACUUGGGCCCCUCUUCAAGUCCUCGCCUGAGCCCGUGGCCCUCACUGAGUCAGAGACGGAGUAUGUCAUCCGCUGCACCAAACACACCUUCACCAACCACAUGGUUUUUCAGUUUGACUGCACAAACACACUCAAUGACCAGACCUUGGAGAAUGUCACAGUGCAGAUGGAGCCCACUGAGGCCUAUGAGGUGCUCUGUUAUGUGCCUGCCCGGAGCCUGCCCUACAACCAGCCUGGGACCUGCUACACACUGGUGGCACUGCCCAAAGAAGACCCCACAGCUGUGGCCUGCACAUUCAGCUGCAUGAUGAAGUUCACUGUCAAGGACUGUGAUCCCACCACUGGGGAGACCGAUGACGAAGGCUAUGAGGAUGAGUAUGUGCUGGAAGAUUUGGAAGUUACUGUAGCUGAUCACAUUCAAAAGGUCAUGAAACUGAACUUCGAAGCAGCCUGGGAUGAGGUAGGGGAUGAAUUUGAGAAGGAGGAAACAUUCACCUUGUCUACCAUCAAGACACUUGAAGAGGCUGUGGGUAAUAUUGUGAAGUUCUUGGGAAUGCACCCUUGUGAGAGGUCAGACAAAGUGCCGGAUAACAAGAACACCCACACGUUGCUUCUGGCUGGUGUGUUCCGGGGUGGUCAUGACAUCCUGGUGCGCUCCCGGCUGCUGCUUUUGGACACAGUGACAAUGCAGGUGACAGCCAGAAGUUUGGAGGAGCUGCCAGUAGACAUCAUCUUGGCAUCUGUGGGAUAAGGGGCCAGCCUGCAUAGGACCUUACGCCCUUCCCCCCCAACACUACCUGGAAGUUGUGCCUUCCUCAUGAAACUGGCGGAAACCCCUUCCCAAGCUUCUGUAUUCAAAAACAAUUAGGAAUCAUUGCAGAUUUUUUUUUUUAUUCUGUCCCUACCCCCCACCCGGGACUACUUGGGGGUGCCUUUUUUUUUUUUUUUUUUUUCAAUAGGGAAUGAUUUUAGCUUGUCCUAAAUCUUGCUAUCCUCCCUUCCAGGAAAGGGACAUUGUAAAUGAAUAAAACAUUCUCGACUCCUCUUGAAUUUAUCCCCCAAGAAACCAUCUUAUCCCUCUAAUAAAUCAGCAUGUAUUUAUUGAAUGA